AGAGCUUGUCAUGAAAUACAAGUGUUAACUAAUGAUAUAUUGCGGAUUUUUUGUGUAAUUUUUUUCACAUGAAAUCUAAGAUGGACGGAAGAUCUCAAUUGAGCCAGAAUAAGAGCCAAAAAUCUAAAUUAGAAAUGUCGUGGACUGACCAGAAAUCCGCUAGUCAAGAAUCGUUGCCUGACCAGCUGGGCAUCGUAUCUCAGUCAAUCACCACCGAUAGGGAUGAGGUGGAAGUGGCUAGACUCAUAUCGCGUAAAAACAAAACUUUGUUGCGCAAACGCAUACCCAAGCAAUCUGUCGUCAAACCAGAACCGAAAUCCCAGCAGUUCUACUUCACUGCUAGUCCAAAAGUCGACCAAGAAGCUGAUGCCAAACCGUUGCCUUAUGGAUACACGAAGGGGCUUGAAGAGUUCGCACACAAAGUUUUGAUGAAGGCUUGGAGGGAUGAUGUGAGGGUGAAAGAACUGGCCGUGAAGUGCUUCGAGAAGCCCAGUUAUAGAAAUAGGAAUCAGUUGGACCUUAUGAAGAGGUUGUAUGUGAAGGACCCGCCAGAGACUAAAAUGAAGACUAUUCUGGACGUUGAUCCGAAUUAUUUCACGAUUGUUCAAGGCAGACCCAUCCCAGAUAAGUUGAGCACCCAAGACUACAUCCGAACCCUCCGCGAAUCCCUCCGAACGAAAAUCAUCAACGGCUACCGCGAAGACGACAUCAUCCUGCUCGACGAGAACCUGGUCCUCGAGCAGCACAUGAUCGACCUCAUCCAGAAGAACUACCAGACCUAUGUCAACAUCUUCGAGGAGUUCCUCUUCAAGGACCACACGACCGCCAUGGACCUGCUGCGGGACGCCGAGAAAGCAGCAGACGAGGCCUACGACAAGUGGGAGGCGCUGAAGAAGCUGUCGAGGAAGUACGCGGCCGCCAGGUCUUCGUUGUACACGUCCGAGGGCAAGUGGAGGAACGCGAAGACUUACCAGAAGUUCCUCAUGCAGAUGAGUCCUCUCGAAUGGAGGGAACGCCAAGGAACUUUCCACAGGGCCAGCGCCUUCAUGAUCGAUGACGAUCCCAACGACCCUGACGACGAAGAGAACAUCUUCGGCAAGUACAGGGCGUCUUUGGUGGAAAAGGGUGUUUCCCUCCAAGACAUCCUCAACGUUUUCCGAUCCGAAUGCCAAAUCGACACCCCUCCUGCUCUUUAUUUCGAGCACCCCCAACAGCUGAUAGACGCGUUCAGGUUCAUGGAGAUGCAGAAUCUGAAUUCGCUGUUGCAUUCCGAGGAGUUGGCUGUUCCUCUGAACGCGAUCCAACGUGGAAUGGAGGUUGCCAAUAUGUUGUUCGACAACCAGAUAAGUAACUUGCAGGGUGAAGUCAAAGAUCUGGAGGACGGGAUACUAUGGGAAGAACGCAGGGCUGAUUACUUGGAGCAUCUGGCCCAAAGAAUGCUCGAUAAAGAAUUCAAGGAGUUGAUAAUGAGCGACGAAGCCCUCAAUUUAUUCUGUUUCGUCGAAGAUGUUUAUGAGACGAGAGUCGGCCCAAAUGAUGCCAACCUCAAUAUAAUUGAUAUGAUGCGAGGAAUCGAAACAAAAUAUCACGACGAGCUGCUGAAUCUCGAUAAGGUGCCAAGAGACCAAGUAGCUUUGCUGUCAGAAAGCAGUUAUGAAGAACAAAUCAGAGUCAUGAGACUAGCUGAGAAGGCCUCCAAGCAAUACGCGGAAUUAGAGAGACUCAAUUAUCGUCUCAUGAAAGCUGUUGGUCCUCCAUUCGAAAAACCGAAAGGAAAAGUACCGAAGAACCGAUCGCGCCCCAUCCAGCCGCUUCCUCCCGCUCUUCCGCCCCGUCGUACCCUCACUGUGGAGGAGGAGGAGUACCUCAAGCACUUCACGGACUUCUGUGAGUUCACGGACGACCCCACGCAGUACGGCAUCGACACGACGGUACCACCGAAAGCGGUGGAUGUGCGGUACGACCGCCGGAACAAGUCUACUAAGGCGUCCAGAUACGUCAGUCGGGUCAAGGGCAUUUCCAACAUCGAAAAGAUGAUCAUGACGAAUACAUAGUUUUUUGUGGCUCAUUAAUACAUAGAUUCAAAAUCAAGGAAAGUGUGAAACUUUUUUUUUGAAUAAAACUCAGAUAGUAAUCAUACACAA